AUGUCCACGGUAAAUCAAUGUCGCCAGUUCUCUUUCAACUCAUAUUUGAUCACCCCCAAGGAACUUGAUUCUGCCCUCAAGAAGAACCCGCGCACGAAAAUCUCCACCUCUCCUCGUGUGGUACCGCUAUGCGCAGCCUGGUUCAUGCCGAACGACCCCGAGGGUCGCAAAGGAAUUGACAUCUUCCGCAAGCAUCGCAUCCCCGAGGCUCGCUUCUUUGACCUAGACGGAGUCAAGGACCAUGACUCGCCCUACCCGCACAUGCUUCCUACCGCCGAAACGUUUGCCGAAGCAAUGAGUGAGCUUGGCAUUCGCCGCGACGACGAGGUGGUGGUCUACGACACUGAGGAGCUGGGCAUCUUCAGCGCUCCCCGCGUCGGAUGGACUCUUCGGGUCUUUGGACACCCUCGAGUUCAUCUACUCAAUAACUACAGGCUGUGGGUUCGCGAAGGAUACCCGACGGAGACGGGUGAGCCCUCCCAGCCGGAGCGGACCAACUACCCCGUACCUACGUAUGAUUCGAAACUCGUGAUCCCUUACCGGGAGCUGAAGGAGAUCGCCAAGGAGCAUAGAAAGGAGGGCGCAAAGGAAGUGGAGAUCCUGGACGCACGCUCGUACGGCCGCUGGGCGGGAACCGAUCCUGAGCCACGUCCGGGCCUGUCGUCGGGCCAUAUUCCUGGCUCUCAAAGCUUAGCUUUUCAACAACUGCUGGACCCGGAGACCAAGACUUAUCUUCCGGGGCCAGAGCUACGCAAGAUCUUUGAAGGCAAGGAUAUUGAUGAGUCCAAGUCCAUCAUCAGCUCUUGUGGCACCGGUGUGACAGCGACUAUCAUUGAGACGGCACUAGGCGAAGCGGAGUUCGGAGAGCCCAACCUACGGAGGGUAUACGAUGGCAGCUGGACUGAGUGGGCACAACGUGUCAAGCCCGAGGAGGGUCUCAUCAAGAAGGCAACGUAG